ACUUCCUCUUCGCGUCUUCCAUCGACUGUUGUUCUUAAAAUGGCGCCGUUGGACCUGGAUAAGUAUGUUGAAAUUGCGAGGCAGUGCAAAUAUCUCCCAGAGAACGACUUAAAGAGAUUAUGUGACUAUGUAUGUGACCUUCUGCUUGAGGAAUCAAAUGUACAGCCAGUAUCCACUCCAGUCACUGUAUGCGGGGACAUUCAUGGACAGUUUUAUGACCUAUGUGAACUAUUUAGAACUGGGGGGCAAGUACCAGACACAAACUACAUUUUCAUGGGUGACUUUGUUGACCGAGGAUAUUACAGCUUAGAAACAUUCACAUAUUUGCUAGCACUUAAAGCAAAAUGGCCUGACCGCAUCACACUGUUGCGUGGCAAUCACGAGAGUAGGCAGAUUACACAGGUCUAUGGCUUUUAUGAUGAGUGCCAAACUAAAUAUGGAAAUGCUAAUGCCUGGCGAUACUGCACUAAAGUAUUUGACAUGCUCACUGUUGCUGCCUUGAUAGAUGAGCAGAUCCUUUGUGUACAUGGUGGCCUUUCACCUGACAUCAAAACUCUGGACCAGAUACGCACCAUUGAACGCAAUCAGGAGAUCCCUCACAAGGGAGCAUUUUGUGACCUUGUCUGGUCCGACCCAGAGGACGUGGACACCUGGGCUAUCAGUCCAAGAGGAGCUGGCUGGCUGUUUGGUGCUAAGGUCACUAAUGAGUUUGUUCAUAUCAACAACUUGAAGCUGAUUUGCCGUGCACAUCAAUUGGUUCAUGAGGGCUACAAAUUUAUGUUUGAUGAGAAGCUGGUGACCGUCUGGUCGGCCCCAAACUACUGCUACCGCUGCGGUAACAUUGCCUCCAUCAUGGUCUUCAAAGAUGUCAACACACGGGAACCCAAGUUAUUCCGGGCUGUUCCUGACUCAGAAAGAGUCAUACCACCGAGAACGACAACACCCUAUUUCCUCUGAGGUCUUCAUUGUUGCCUAUGUCUCGCCCUCUCCUUUUCAUGGUUGUCAUGAGCUCUUUUAAUGUCUUUAUUUUCUCUGUUGCUUUUUUUUUUUUUUUUUUUUUUUUUAACAAAUAUUUUUGUAAAGAUGGAAGUGCUCUCAAUAUUACCAACAGAAAACUAUGGUUACAGUUCUGAACCCUGUUGAAAAUGUUUAUAGUUGGUCAUUAUUUGGUCAGUAUAAUCUUGUUAAUGUGAGCGUAAUGAAGUGAACAUCUCCAUGCUGUUCUUACAGGCCUUUUAAACGUCGACCUAACAGCCGUUGACCAUUUAAUGACAAGCAUUUAUAGUGUAACACCUCACCUGAUCAGAACAAUGUGGUGUUUGUGUUUUUCAGAGCACAGACCGGAAAGAGAGUCACUAAAACAGCUAUGUUCUGGUCAGUUUGCUCCCAGUUUCUCCAAGACAAAGACACUUUUUUUUUUUUUUUUCGUAGCUUUCAAGUGUAGAAAAGGGUCGAAGCAAUGAUUAGACAACAGGACAAAGAAGGCUGCGAUUAUUUUGUACAUUAAUAUAAAUUGUAUUGAUUUAAUCAACUUUUUUUUUCUCAGAUUUGUUGUAUUUUAUUAUUGUAGAAAAACUGCAGCCCAUUUACCAAUUAAAUAUUGAAAAUAAACGCCUUUAUUAUUAAGUUA